AUGCCUAUGCUCAAAGAUCCUUCGACAAAAUACAAGGCCUUCAAGCCUCUCAACCUCCCCGACCGCCAAUGGCCGUCAAAGACCAUCCAGAAGCCGCCGCGCUGGCUCUCCACUGAUUUGCGCGAUGGCAACCAGUCCCUCGUCGACCCCAUGGACGGCGACCAGAAGUGGGACUACUUCAACAUGCUGGUCAAGCUUGGUUACAAGGAGAUUGAGGUCUCUUUCCCUUCGGCGUCGCAAACCGACUUCGACUUCACCCAGAAGCUCGUCCGCACUCCCGGUAUCGUUCCGGAUGAUGUUUGGCUCCAGGUCCUGUCACCAUGCCGCAAGGAGCUUAUUCGCCGCACUGUCGACUCGCUCAAGGGCGCGAAGAAGGCCAUCCUUCACCUGUACCUCGCGACCAGCCCAUGCUUCCAGCAGAUUGUUUUCAACAUGAACAACGAGCAGACCAAGGCCCUGGCGGUGGAGUGCACUCAGUACGCGAGGUCCAUCACCAAGGACGACCCCGAGCAGGCAGGCACCGAGUGGGCCUACGAGUUCUCCCCGGAGACCUUCUCUGACUCCGACCCCAACUUUGCCCUUGAGGUCUGCGAGGCCGUCAAGGCCGCCUGGGAACCCACCGCCGAGAACCCGAUCAUCUUCAACCUUCCUGCGACCGUCGAGAUGGCUACCCCUAACGUCUACGCCGACCAGAUCGAAUACUUCUGCCGCAACAUCUCCGAGAGGGAGAAGGUCUGUGUCUCCCUCCACCCUCACAACGACCGUGGCUGCGCUGUCGCCGCCGCUGAGCUGGCACAGAUGGCCGGCGCAGACAGAGUAGAGGGCACUCUGUUCGGAAACGGCGAGAGAACUGGAAAUGUUGAUCUCGUCACCCUCGGCCUCAACCUCUACACUCAGGGAAUCCACCCCAAGAUUGAUUUCUCCGACCUUCCCGCCGUCAUUGACGUGGUUGAGAAGAGCAACAAGAUCCCUGUCCACGCUAGGGCGCCUUAUGGCGGCCAGUUGGUCGUGUGCGCUUUCAGCGGUUCUCACCAGGACGCCAUCAAGAAGGGCUUCCAGAAGCGCAAGGCCGAGGGCGCGACCGACUCCAGCUACUGGCAGGUUCCGUACCUGCCUCUUGAUCCCCAGGAUAUCGGACGUACGUACGAGGCCAUUAUCCGCGUCAACUCCCAGUCUGGCAAGGGAGGUGUCGCCUGGAUCAUCCAGCGCGAGCUCGAGCUCGACCUUCCUCGUGGCCUUCAGAUCGCUUUCUCCAAGAUCAUUCAGAAGCAGACGGAUGCUCUCGGACGCGAGCUUCUUCCGACCGAGAUCACGAAGCUCUUCAAGGAUUCGUAUCACCUCGAGAAGAACCCAAGGUUCACCCUCAUCGACUACGACAUUCUCACCGACCGUUCGGUAUCACCUGCUCCGGGUGGGGAUGGCAAGAUGCCCAGCAGCAAGAAUCUCAAGAGGUUGUUCUCUGGUGUCAUCGAGAUCGACGGCCAGCAGCACAAGAUCAAGGGUGUCGGCAACGGUGCCAUUUCAUCUCUUGCCAACGCCCUGAAGUCUCUCGGCAUUGAGCUUGACGUCACCGAGUACAAGGAGCACGCCGUGGGUGAGGGCCGCGAGGGUCAACAGCAGGCCGCCACGUACAUUGAGUGCUCUACCCCCUCAUCCAACCAGAAGGUGUGGGGUGUCGGUAUUCACGAAGAUGUGGUCCAGGCUUCCCUCAUCGCUUUGUUGUCCGCUGCAUCGUCUUUCCUCGCAUCCCGACCAAGCACACCUAUUCCUUUCCGCCCAAAGCAGCACGGAGAAGCGCUCGCCCCUUCGGACAUCUCGCCUCUGAGGACAUCUUCGAGUGCAAAUGGCCCGAGCUCUCUUGUUGCAAAUCUUGAAAAGCAAAUCAACGGUGAUCACUAA